AUGAAGCAAGAAGAAGGAAAUCUUGGUCCUCUUGUUCUCUCUGUCAACACUAAAACAUGGUCCCAAAUGUUGAAGAAUGAUCCUUUGCAUAAGAUUAAAAAGAGAAGGCUUGAUAUCUUCGAUUCACUAGAGGCCCCUGUGUGUGAAGGGGAAUUUAAUGGGAUUUUGCAAAUGAGGGAGGAGAUGAUAAAAUUGGGAUCAGAAGAUCAAGAAUUUGAUUAUAAGAGGGGCCUCCAACUGGUCCAUCUCUUACUAAAGUUUGCAACUGCCAUUGCGGAUAAUGACGCCAUUGUUGCAUUCGAGAACUUGACCCAAUUGUAUCGGAAAGUCUCUCUGAAAGGCGAUUCGAUUCAAAGAGUUGCAGCCUAUUUUGCCGAUGGCUUAGCAGCGAGGCUUCUCACUAAGGAAUCCCCUUCGUUUGAAUAUAUCAUGAAAGAACCCACGCCCCGAGAUGAGUUCAUGGCUUUUAUAGAGCUCUAUAGAAUCUCUCCCUUGUAUCAAUUUGCUCAUUUCACUGCGAACCAGGCCAUCUUAGAGGCUUUUGAAGGAGAACAAAACAAUGAAGUACUUCAUGUUGUGGAUUUCGAUCUCUCCCACGGGCUGCAAUGGCCUUCUCUAAUUCAAUCCCUCUCUCAAAUCAAGAACAAUACAAGACCAGCCACUCUGAAAAUUAUUGGUUUAUGCAAAACCAUGGAGGAAUUGGAUGAAACAGAACAGAGACUAGCAAACUUUGCCAAGAGUUGUGGUUUAGACUUUGUGUUUGAUGGGUUAUUACAGAGCUCUAGACCCUCUGACAUUAGAGUUGGGAAGAAUGAAACCAUUGCUGUAAAUUUGAUGUUUUAUCUUCAAACCCUGAAUAGCACUUUGGAUAUUCUAGAAUUGAUCAAAUCGAUUAGCAAAUUGAACCCUUCGAUAUUGGUUGUAGUAGAGAAUGAAGCGGCUCGAAAUUCUCGGACCUUCCUCUCGAGAUUCAUGGAAUCUCUCCACUAUUUUGCUGCCCUUUUUGAUAUGCUCAACGACUUCAUGCCUAGUAGAAGCUUUGAGAGGUUGAGCAUAGAGAAGAAUUUCCUUGGGAAACAGAUUAAGAGAGCGAUGAACUGCGAAAACGAGAGCAAUUUCAGGCAUGAGAAGUUGGAGACAUGGAAAGGGCGGAUGGAGAGAUGUGGGUUUAGAGGAAUUAAUUUGAGUGAUAGAUGUCUGAGUCAGGCAAAGCUUUUGUUGCAGAUCAAGUGCCAUUGCUCACAGCUAGUGGACAUGGGUGCAGGGAAGGGAGGAUUCAAGGUUUUUGAGAGAGAGGGAGGAAGGGCUUUAUCUCUAGGAUGGCAAGACAAGCAUUUGAUAACAGCCUCAGCUUGGCAUUGUGACAGAUGA